GCGGGCCGCGGCUCCCGCCGUGCAGCAGGCCGGGGCUGGACGAUCCGACCGCCCCCAGUCCAGGGAAGGGCCAGCAUGCUGACCCCCGAGCUCCUGAGUAUCCGUAGCUCUCUUGUCUAAGGCAGAGGACGAUCUAGACCGUUAGCCCUGGUUGCAGCUAAAUUUGCCUCUGACUUAAGCCGUGGAAACGAGCCCCAACAAGGAACUUUUAAUUAAAGGGGUGACCGAUUUGUCAACCCCUCCUCACCCCCUCCCCCCGUUUUGGUGACAGGGUGGUGGUAGUUAGACACCUGCCGCAGGUAUGGAUGGCGGGCGUCCCCUGGAGGCUCUUCCCCACCCUCCUGUUGGGGAAGCUCACCUGCAGAUCGGUGCGUGCGACACCUGCCGUGAGGUGUGCAAGCCCCAGGUGUUGACUUCUGGAAGAGAAGGCAGAAGAAUCUAGUCUGCGGGGACUGCCUAGAAGAAUCCAGGGGCCCGGCGUGGGGGAGUGCCCCUGGGCUCAGUGUGUUAAUGUAAGACAUGCAGACUGGGUAGUGGACCGUCCUGCGUUUUUCUUGCAAGCUUGAAGCCGUUUUGUUCGUUAAGGAAUUUUUUUAGUAUGUAGCGCAUUCAUAUGGCUCCGAUAUUAAAUUUAUUUGGCAUUAAAAGGUUAUGAAAGUAUAAAAAGAUUUUCUUCCACUCUUCUCAACGGUUAUCCGAGUCCCUACCUUAAAAAAAAGUGUCAAAUUUGAAGAUGGGCAUGGAGGAUGAGGAGUCAGCUGAAAAGAAUAAAAAUGCUGGAAAUACACAAUCCCUGUGGCCCAAAGUAGACAGUCUUCACAAGGAUCAUUUGCAGGAAUCUAAGAUUGAUAAAACUUGUGGUUGGAAUAGCAAGGUAGAGAGUCAGUUGGAAAAGCCUGAGUGGAAAAUGAUGAAGGAAGACAAGCGUGGCAUUGAGGAAAAGAUUGGCAAAGCCAAGGGCACUGCAAAUGUAAAAGCAGAACAGGAAGAUGAGGCAUCUGGGAAAAAUUUACACUCAAGCUCAAAACAUCAAACUGUUCCUACAGAACCAAAAAGUAAUGAACAAGGUACAUGGGUAGAGAAUGUGAAUGGAAACUCAUACCCCAUUUUACAACAGAAAUCAAGUGCUGUUAAGAAAUCGCAUAAAUGUGAUGAAUGUGGGAAAUCCUUCAAAUAUAACUCCCGCCUUGUUCAACACAAAAUUAUGCAUACUGGGGAAAAGCGCUACGAGUGUGGUGACUGUCGAGGGACUUUCCGCAGCAGCUCCAGCCUUCGGGUCCACAAGCGCAUCCAUACUGGUGAGAAGCCCUACAAGUGCGACGAGUGUGGGAAAGCCUACAUGUCCUAUUCCAGCCUUGUAAACCACAAAAGCACCCAUUCUGGGGAGAAGAACUGUAAAUGUGAUGAGUGUGGAAAAUCUUUCAAUUAUAGCUCUGUUUUGGAUCAGCAUAAAAGGAUUCACACUGGAGAGAAGCCCUAUGAAUGUGGUGAGUGUGGAAAGGCCUUCAGGAACAGUUCUGGUCUCAGAGUCCACAAAAGGAUCCACACAGGAGAGAAGCCCUAUGAAUGUGACAUAUGUGGGAAAACAUUCAGUAACAGCUCUGGCCUGAGGGUUCACAAAAGAAUCCAUACAGGUGAGAAACCCUAUGAAUGUGAUGAAUGUGGAAAGGCAUUCAUUACUUGCAGGACACUUUUAAACCAUAAAAGCAUCCACUUUGGAGAUAAACCUUAUAAAUGUGAUGAAUGUGAGAAAUCUUUUAAUUAUAGCUCUCUCCUCAUUCAGCAUAAAGUCAUCCACACUGGAGAGAAACCUUAUGAAUGUGAUGAAUGUGGAAAGGCCUUCAGGAACAGCUCAGGCCUCAUAGUACAUAAAAGAAUCCACACAGGAGAGAAACCUUACAAAUGUGAUAUCUGUGGCAAAGCAUUCAGCUAUAGCUCAGGUCUCGCAGUCCAUAAAAGCAUUCACCCUGGAAAGAAAGCCCAUGAAUGUAAGGAAUGUGGAAAAUCUUUCAGUUACAACUCACUGCUUCUUCAGCAUAAAACUAUUCAUACUGGAGAGAGACCUUAUGUAUGUGAUGUGUGUGGGAAAACUUUCAGAAACAAUUCUGGCCUCAAAGUCCAUCGGAGGCUCCAUACAGGGGAAAAACCAUAUAAGUGUGAUGUGUGUGGGAAGGCCUAUAUCUCGCGCUCUAGCCUUAAAAAUCACAAAGGAAUCCAUCUAGGGGAGAAGCCCUAUAAAUGUAGCUAUUGUGAGAAAUCCUUCAACUACAGCUCUGCCCUUGAACAGCACAAAAGGAUUCAUACAAGGGAGAAACCCUUUGGGUGUGAUGAGUGUGGAAAAGCCUUCAGAAACAAUUCAGGCCUUAAAGUGCAUAAACGUAUCCACACUGGUGAGAGACCUUACAAAUGUGAAGAAUGUGGGAAAGCCUACAUCUCACUCUCAAGCCUUAUAAAUCAUAAAAGUGUACACCCUGGAGAGAAGCCUUUUAAGUGUGAUGAGUGUGAGAAAGCUUUCAUCACAUACAGAACACUUUUAAACCACAAAAAAAUUCAUCUUGGAGAGAAGCCCUACAAAUGUGAUGUGUGUGAGAAAUCUUUUAACUACACCUCACUCCUUUCUCAACACAAAAGAGUCCACACCCGAGAGAAACCUUUUGAAUGUGACAGGUGUGAGAAGGUCUUCAGAAAUAACUCAAGCCUUAAGGUCCAUAAAAGAAUACAUACCGGGGAGAAGCCCUAUAAAUGUGAUGUGUGUGGGAAAGCCUACAUCUCACAUUCAAGCCUUAUUAAUCAUAAAAGUACGCACCCUGGCAAGACACCCUAUACGUGUGAUGAAUGUGGAAAAGCUUUCUUCUCUAGCAGAACUCUCAUAAGUCAUAAGAGAAUCCAUCUUGGGGAGAAACCUUUCAAGUGUGUUGAGUGUGGGAAAUCUUUCAGUUACAGCUCACUCCUUUCUCAGCACAAGAGAAUCCACACAGGGGAGAAACCCUAUAUAUGUGACUGGUGUGGGAAGGCUUUCAGGAACAGCUCAGGCCUCACAGUCCAUAAGAGAAUCCAUACAGGUGAGAAACCCUAUGGAUGUGAUGAGUGUGGGAAGGCGUACAUCUCACACUCCAGUCUCAUCAAUCACAGAAGUGUUCACCGUGGGAAGCAGCCCUAUAAUUGUGAGUGUGGGAAAUCCUUCAAUUACAGAUCCGUCCUUGACCAACACAAAAGGAUCCACACUGGAAAGAAGCCAUACCGAUGUACUGAUUGUGGAAAGGCAUUUAAUAUCAGAUCAAAUCUCACCAAGCAUAAGAGAGUCCAUACUGGAGUGGAGUCUUUAAAUGUGACAAGUAUGGAAAGUCAUAGUGGUACCCUUCAGAGGAGAACCUACCAAGGAGGAAUUGCUCUUGAUGGGACCAGGAUGCUGAUACCUCUGUGGGAGGCAGAAUCUACCAAGUAUCAAAAAUCUCAAAUAGAAAAACCCUAUGAAUGUAAGAAUUUUUGAGGUUCUUAUUCAUGGCUUAUAAUUCUCAAUGAUAGUGGUUCAGUCAUAGCCAACAAGGAAGACUAAAGUAGUGUCAAGAUAGUUGAGCCCUUUUGGAAUACAAAAUAAUUCACACUGAGGAUAAAACCUAUCAAAUGAUGGAACACUUUUAAAAUCCUCAGACCUGCAUUCUGAAAUAUAAAACAUGCAGAUAAGAAAAGGACUUCAUUUAGAAAUCACAUAGUUCAGAAAGAUCAUAUUUAGAUAAAUUAUGUGAAUAAAAAUGUAGAAGUUCAGUCAAUUUUGAAUUGGUUGGUGGAAAAAGAUCCAAGAAGGGCCUCCAAAGGGCAAAUUCAGGGAGAGAAAGGCUUCAGGGAGUAAAAAUCUAUUAGUGAUCAUGAAUUAUAAACAGUAAUAUAAUGGUUGAGGAAAGUAGAUGAAAACUUCUGAGACAAUUUAGAUUUAUUUGUAGGAAAAGUCAAAAACAAAAUCUUAUAACAGGAAGUAGGACAGAGUCACUUAAAAUGCAGAUUUUUUUGGAAGGUGCCAAUAUUAUACACUAUUUAGUAAAACUUUAAAAAUUUUAAAUGAGCUCUCAAGUCAUAAAUGUAUUAUGAGUGAAAACCUGGAAGGUGGCAUUCACACAUGGUAAGUGAAUAGAGAGGAUUUGGGCAUUUUAAAUAUGUAAUGGGACACAGCUCUAACAUAAAUUUGCACCUUACUGAAAAAAAUAUCAGGGAUUCCUAGGAAUUGAAAUGUUGGAAAUGAGGGCAUUUUAUGGCAAAAGCUAAAAAGCUGAGUAGCUCCUAGUAAUCAAAAGAGAGGAGGAAUUCAUGCUUUUUAAAUCUUGUUAAAUGUUUAUUUGGGAAUGUGUUGUAAAAAUUUCAUGUACUACAUAUGUGUAUUGUCUGUUGUAAAAAAAUGAUCUUGUUGCUCAAGAGACUCUUUGCCAUGAAUACCAGAUAGUUGUGGUGAGGUAAGGCGGUGCUCCAAUAAAGAAACGUAAAACAGUCUGCAACUUACUUCAGAUGCAACAGUAUACGAAGCCA